AUGGCCCAGCAGGACCCACCCCCGGGCUGCCCACGGGGUGAGAAGAAGCUGCCAGCCUUCACGUGGGAGGUGAGGGCCAACGACCGCCGGUACCACGCGCAGUGCAAGAGGAGAGUGGCCUUCUGCCUGAGCAAGAGGAAAUACAGGGGCAAUGCCAUCAAAACAGCCAAGUACAACCUCCUCACCUUCCUGCCCCUGAACCUCUACGAGCAGUUCCACAGGAUGGCCAACGUCUACUUCGUCUUUGUCAUCCUCUUACAGACCUUCCCCGAGAUCUCUACGCUGCCCUGGUACACUCUGCUCUUCCCCCUGAGCUGCCUCCUCCUCAUCCGGGGCCUGCGGGACCUGAUCGAUGACAUCGGGCGUCACCAAAGCGACAGGAACAUCAACAGCAGGCCCUGUGACAUCCUGCGUGGGAAGAGCUUCCAGCGGCAGAAGUGGCGCGACAUCUGCGUCGGGGACAUCGUCCGGCUGCGCAAGGACAGCUUCGUCCCGGCUGACGUGCUCCUGCUGUGCAGCUCCGAGCCCAGCAGCCUGUGCUACGUGGAGACCGCUGAGAUCGAUGGGGAAACAAACCUGAAGUUCAGGCAAGCCCUUCUGGUCACCCACCAGGAGCUGGGGAGCGAGGAGAGCAUGGCUGCCUUUGAUGGGAGGGUGACCUGCGAGGAGCCCAACAGCCGCAUGCACAGCUUCACAGGCACCCUGGAGUGGAGGGGACAGACCCACUCCCUGGACAGCGAGAGGAUCCUGCUCAGGGGCUGCAGGAUCCGCAACACCCACCUCUGCUACGGCCUGGUGAUCUACGCGGGGUUUGAUUCCAAAAUUAUGAGGAACUGCGGGAAGAUCAAGCAGAAGAAAACCAAGCUGGACCGCAUGAUGGACCGGCUGGUGGUGGUGAUCUUCCUGCUGCUGUUGGUCACAUCCCUCUGCCUCGCUGUCGCCUCUGGGUUCUGGGCCAGGAUGUUCCAGGAGAAGCACAGCUACCUGGCUGCCGUCUACAGGAACACGAGCCCUGCCCAGCAGGCCUUCUUCAACUUCUGGGGCUUCACCAUCCUCCUGAGCGUCAUCAUUCCCAUGUCCAUGUACAUCACGCUGGAAUUCAUCUACCUGGUGAACAGCUUCUUUAUCAACUGGGACCUGGGGAUGUAUUAUGCUGUGAAGGACAUUCCAGCCAAAGCCAGGAGCACCAGCCUCAACGACCAGCUGGGCCAGAUCGAGUACAUCUUCUCGGACAAGACGGGCACCCUGACCCAGAACAUCAUGAGCUUCAAGAAGUGCUGCGUCAGCGGCACCAUCUACGGUACCCUGGGCUGGCAACCAGUUUGGAGGGGCCAAAGAGAUUAUCAUUCCAUUUCAGCUGCCUGGGACCACCACGGGGAGCUGAAGGUGGAUGUGACGCUCUUGGAAGCCGCCCAGAGGGACAGUGACCCCGUGCUGAGGGAGUUCCUGAGGCUGCUGGCGCUGUGCCACACGGUCAUGGUGGAGGAGAGGGGCGACCAGCUGGUUUACCAGGCAGCCUCACCAGAUGAGGAGGCCCUGGUGUUGGCAGCCAGGAGCCUGGGGUACGUGUUUCUGGCCCGAACCCAGGACACCAUCACCAUCAGAGAGCUGGGGAGGACCAGGACCUACCAAGUGCUGGCCAUGCUGGACUUCAACAGCGACCGCAAGAGGAUGUCUGUCCUGGUGCGAGACCCCCAGGGCAGCAUCCGGCUCUACACCAAGGGAGCCGACACCGUCAUCCUGCAGAGGCUGAGGAGCCGCGGCCCCAGCGAGGCCCUCACCGAGCGGGCCCUGGGUCUCUUUGCAGAGGAGACCCUGAGGACGCUGUGCGUGGCCAGCAAGGAGGUGAGCGAGGCCGAGUACCAGGAGUGGGGCAGGAGGCACCACGAGGCGUCUGUGCUGCUGCAGGACCGUGCCCAGGAGCUGGACAGGCUGUACGAGGAGAUGGAGCAGGACCUGCAGCUGCUCGGGGCCACGGCCAUCGAGGACAAGCUGCAGGAGGGAGUCCCUGAGACCAUCCAGCUGCUGAAACUGGGCAACAUCAAAGUGUGGGUGCUGACAGGAGACAAACAAGAGACUGCCACGAACAUUGGCUACGCCUGCAAACUGCUGACGGACGACACGGAGAUCCUGGAGGAGAAGGAGGUCAGUGAGAUCCUCCAGGCUUACUGGGCCAGCAACAACAACCUCAGUGGCAGUGGGGGAGCCCCAGGCAGCAGCCACCCAUCCCAGCAGUGCCCAGAGGCUUCGUGCCACAGGAGGAGAGCCGUCAUCGUCAGUGGGGACUUCCUGGACAAAAUCCUGCACACGGGAGAGGUGCUGAAGGAGAAGAAGGGGUGGCCGUGGCGGUGGCUGCCCCGUGGCAGGACUGGGGGCUCCCAGGAGCAGGGCAGCCUGGUGGAGAAGGCCUUCGUGGACUUGGCCACCAGCUGCCAGGCCGUGAUCUGCUGCAGGGUGACCCCCAAGCAGAAGGCCCUCAUCGUGCAGCUGGUGAAGAAGCACAAGCAGGCCGUCACCCUGGCCAUUGGGGAUGGGGCCAAUGACGUCAACAUGAUCAAAACUGCCGACAUCGGGGUGGGAAUCAGCGGGCUGGAGGGGCUGCAGGCGGUGCAGUGCAGUGACUACGCCCUGGCCCAGUUCUGCCACCUGCAGCGCCUGCUGCUCGUGCACGGCCGCUGGGCCUACCUGCGCAUCUGCAAGUUCCUCCGCUUCUUCUUCUACAAGACCUUUGCUGGGCUCAUGGCCCAGGUCUGGUUCGCUUUCCACAGCGGAUUCACGGCUCAGCCCCUGUUUGAGGGCUGGUUCCUCGCACUCUACAACAUUUUCUACACUUCCUACCCCGUGCUGUCCGUGGGCCUUCUGGAGCAGGACGUGAGUGCCAAGCAGAGCCUGCAGUUCCCCGAGCUCUACGUGACUGGGCAGCAGGACCAGCUCUUCAACUACCGCGUGUUCGGGCUCACCCUCCUGCACGGGGUCGGCACUUCACUCACCAGCUUCUACAUCGCCCGCUGGGCCUUCGAGGACCACGUUGGCAGCAAAGCUGUCGGGGACUACGAGUCCUUCUCUGUCACCGUGGCCGUGUCGGCGCUGCUCUCGGUCCUCGUGGAGAUCAUCCUGGACACCAGGUUCUGGACUGUGUUGUCCUUCCUGAUGGUCACAGCCAGCCUGCUGUUCUUCUGCCUCUUCUCCUUCCUGACCCAAAGUAUUGAUGCCUUCAGGAUAGCCCCUGCCAUCUUCUCCUUCCCAGAUGCCAGCCGGAAUGCCCUCACUGACCCCUACGUCCUGCUGGUGGUCCUGCUGUCCCUGGUGGUGAACACCAUCCCCUCACUCACCGUCCACGCGUUCCGCGCCACCACGGGCAGAGCCACCAUCCAGCAGAAAAUCCACUUGAAGGCCAAGAAGGAGCCGGAGCCCUCGGUGGAGCUGAAGGCCCACGUCCCUCGGGGCUCCUUCUGCCGCCGCUCCAGCUACGCCUUCUCCCACCAGGAGGGCUACGCGGGGCUCAUCACCAGGGGAGACAGCCUGAGAGCCAGGGCCACCCCUGGGGAUGGCCUGAGAGCCAAGGCCACCCCUGGGGACGGCCUGAGAGCCAGGGCCACCCCUGGGGAUGGCCUGAGAGCCAAGGCCACCCCUGGGGACAGCCUGAAGGGCAGGGCCACCCACAGCACCAUCCCAGAGGGGACCCCGGCCAUGUCCCCCCCCAGCCCCUCGGUGUAG